GUCAGUGGUGAUGGAACUACUGACACAGGUGCAUCACUUUGAAACAUUUCCGUUUUGUCUGUUCUCUGCAUGUUUCUGAAUUUGCGCGUGUUGUGACUUUUUGCUGCUCACGUGUCAAACUCUUUGAAAGUUGUUUAUCUUUAUUGGCACGUGUUGAGCUCUCUCGGCCACCAUACGGAGCAAAAAACUUUUCCUGUUAUUCUGAAAACCACGUGGCGGCGCUGUAACCCUGGGCAGGUGUCUCCAGUGGAUCUGAAGUGACUGGUUUUCACGUUAAAGACCAGUUUGAGCUUUAAAAGGAGCGACGGACGUCUGCAGCCCUGAGACCCACCAGGUGAAUACCCAGCCUCCCUCCGGCAGCUAGCCGCGGUCACGCUGCCGUCGCCCGGCCUCGGUGCGUGUGUCACUCCGCGUUACUUCAUGGUUGUCCAGUCAACAGGACACGUGCAUUGUUUUUCCUAAUCUAAUCUGUCCCGGAUUAUUCUCUCGCUGUCCCGGGUUAGCUAGCUAGCUAGCUAGCAGCAGCAGCGGGGCUAGUUUGAUCGCGGUGUUAGCAUCGUUAGCACCGUGUCUACCACCUGUAGGCUAACUCGGAUUCAAGCUAGCCACACCAGACAUGCUAAUUAGCCCGCUAGCCGUGUGAGCGCCGGGCUAGCGGGCUGCUAGCGGGCUGCUAGCCGCCGAGCUAACUAGCCAGCGCAACAAUGGACGACCCCGGCAUGAAGAAGCAGAACUGGGACGUGCGGGAGACGGAGCUGUUCCUGGAGACCCUCAAGGAGCUGGACAUGAAGAAGUGCCUGGACGGGAGGAAGGUGCGCAACAACAAGCUCUUCAAGGUGGCGCACCGGCGGAUGACGGCGGCCGGCUACCACCGCUCCGUGGACCAGCUCAAGUUCCGCUGGAAACUUCUCAAAAGUGCGUACUACAAGUGCAAGAGGGCGCCCAACGCCCCGGCCCCCACCAAGAUCCAGGGCUGGUGGCGCUACGAGAAGACGAUGGUCGCCAUCAUGGAGUCCAGACACCCGCUGGUCGGGGCCGGGGUGAACUCUGACCGGAUGGACGAGGGGACCGAGGACUCGGAUGGAGAAGCGUCGAUGCUGCCCUGGCCUCGGCCCUGCCCGGGGAACACCGCUCAGAACCUGGAUUUAAUUAUCAAAAUGGACCCCGAGAUGGACUCGCAGCUGAAAAUCGGUUUUAUCGGUGCAGGCAACAUGGCGUACGGCAUCGCAAAGGGCAUCCUGUCCGGAACUGUUCUUCCUGCAAACAUCCAAGUGAGCGCACCGUCCUUCAGGAACCUCGAGCGCUUUCAGGAGCUGGGGAUUUCCGUCACUCACUCCAACGUAGAGGUGGUCAGUGGCUCGGAUGUCGUCUUCGUGGCCGUCAAACCUCACCUGGUAUCGCUCGUUCUCAAUGAGAUCUCACAACACGUCACCGACAGACACAUAAUUGUCUCCGUGGCAGCAGGAGUGACGCUGGCAACGUUGGAGGAGCUCCUUCCAGAGAAUUCAGUCGCCGUCCGCCUGAUGCCCAAUCUGCCGUGUAUGGUUCAGGAAGGAGCGCUGCUGUUUGCACGAGGGUCUCAUGCAAAGGAGGAGGACGGCGUUCUGCUUCGCUCCUUGUUGCAUCACUGUGGUUUGGUGGAGGAGGGACCUGAGGCCUGGAUCGACAUCCACACUGGCCUGAGUGGGAGUGGGGUCGCUUUCGUUUAUCUGUUUGCUGAAGCUCUGGCAGAAGGAGCUGUGAAAAUGGGGAUGCCCAGUGCUCUGGCCCACAGCAUCGCAUCUCAGACCGUUCUGGGUGCCGGGAGGUUGUUACGCGACACCGGGAAGCACCCAGCUCAGCUGCGCUCUGAGGUCUGCACCCCGGGGGGAACCACCAUUUACGGGCUCCACACGCUGGAACAAGGCGGCUUGAGGGCAACGACCAUGAGCGCCGUGGAGUCGGCCACUGAGAGAGCCAGGGAGCUCGGCAGGAAGUCGGCGGCAGGAAGCAGGAAAUGACGUUUGCCUUUUUUAAAUAGCUGCUCAUCAGACUUAAGGAAAACCGCGACAACUCGUCGUGGAACAUGGAGACAAAACUGGACUGGACUUUUUUAUUUCUAUCUCCCUUAUUUCCCCCCCAAACAAGUGCAUUUCAAUCUUCUCCUCUUUUUCUUGCCUCUCUGACUGGAAGUGAAUUAUAUCUUACCAUGACCCCGAGAUCUACAUUUUCUGGGAGAAUCACUACUUUUUUACAUGCACACCAAUAAUCGAUGUUGUGGAUUCAGACAGUAAAUACUAAAGUCAGGGACCCGAAUUAGACUUUGCUCAUAGCUGUGGAUACUUAAACCACAAUAAGGUGCAGUGUUGUGGCUUGUUAGGGUCAUGUUAGCCUGCGAGUUUCAAAACACUGAGUAGUCUAAAACUGUGAAGCAUCAAUCGGUCCAAAAACUAAUUGUGUACACUGCACAUAUCCAGAAUUGCCUUACUGGCCUUGAUUGAGCAUGUAAUGUAAUGUGUAGUGUAGAAAGGAUAUUGAACGUGUAUUUAAUAUUGAAAUGUGUUAUUUAAUAAUCGGCCACAUUCAGCACUUGUUGGGCAGCUGCUCUCCAGUGAUUGUCUCACUCUCGGGUGCAGCUUCCAUCUAGUUGCUGGUUUUUUUUUUGUGCGACACAAUUUGUAGGAAAAUAUUAAUGGACAAUGCCAAGUGUGUGGAGUUGAUUUCAUAAAAGUGUCAUGUGAACAGGA